AUGAGACAAGAUUUUUGCCCGAAGCUUAAAGUCCGACGUGCGGUGGAAGAAGAUAACGACGACAUAAUAGCAAUAAUGGACGAAAAAUGUCCGCGUUUAAAAGAAACGUAUGGCGACUAUUAUAUCAGCGAAAUAAUUGGACGGCAUCCAGAGGCCCAUCGCAAAAUUAUUGUCGCGGAUCAACAAGAUCGUGCCGUCGGUGUCAUGUGCCUCAAUGCUGAACUCAAUUACGAAAACUUACAAAAGACAUAUGAGUUGAAUCCAUACUACGGUCUGAGGAAAGCCACAGCAAUCGAAAGAGAACAAAAUAAAAGAAGCAAUGCAUUGCUUAAAACAUUCGGCAAAUGUCUGAUAUUGCAGAGAACAUCUCACGAAAAUAUAGCAGAACCGAGGUCGACUAAAACUCCGAGCAAAGUUAUUUUCAGACACAAUUCUGUCAUGGACAGUAGUUUUGACCGUGCUUAUUUUAAAAAGCAAAUAUCUGAUGACUACAAUGAUAAAAAUUACAGAUUAUCCACCACCAUGUCCAUCAUGUCAAAUAUAUCGGUGGCUAAUCUGCUUGAUGAAGAUCCAUUUGAUUACGAAAUUGUUAAUAUUGAUACUAAAUUAUUGACAGUCCCUCGUGUGUUGUCCACUGAUUUUAUGUACUCACAAGCAUUCGAUCUACUUGAAGCGGCGUUCGAAGCUAUGAAAGUGUACGAUUAUUGUAUCAUUCGUGUCCCUUGUUCUGAAAAGAGCUUUCCACUUUUGCAACAUUUUUGUUUCGUUCCAACUAAGCCCAAUAUUUGCAGUAAAUAUGCUCUGUAUAUUGCACAUAGAAACGCUGUGUUAAGCAAACUUCGUGUUCGCGAAGCAGAAUUAAUAGACGUACCAUUGAUUGCUCAAAUCUUGAAUACAUUAGAGGCAAAGGAGACGAUGUGGACUGUGGAGAAGUCAGUUAAAAAGAAGAACGAGGAACGAAUAUUUGUACUUAAGAGCGGGUCAUCUAUAGUCGGUCUUGGAGUAUUAGAGACAACAGAACAAAAAGAUUUCAUACAAAGUAAAUACAAUCUAGAUUCAUAUCAGAUACAUAAAUACCACUACAGAUCACAGGGAAUUUAUGCUGGAUUUAGCACUUUGAAAACAGUCCUUGUUUAUCCUGUCUUUGAAGCACAUUUUAGAUUCUUUGUUCGAGAAAUGAUGAGAUUAUCCGAAUGUAACAAUCUGUUGUGGUUAACUGCGUACAGAAAUAAAUGGGCGGCACACAAGGUCAAUUCGAUAGCAUCUGUGAUGAUACCCUUGUUACCUAGAAAGUCUGAAGUCGAUUGCACGUCUGUACGUCAACCUCAAAAAAGAUGUCUUUUUUCAAAUAGUUUAGAAACGUUUAGCACCUGGUUCAUAAGUAAGAAAUACACGUCCUUGCCUAAAGCUAACGUGGACACCAGGAUUGUAAUUGUUGGAGCAUCUAGAACUACAAUGGCUUUUCUUAAUGCUCUGUUAUUCGGACGGGUAAAAUUUGUAACGCUGGCGAAUGGAGGUAAAGUUCCUUAUGACCUGCUCUUCUUGUUAUUUGGAAAACAGUAUCAACAUCCUUACUAUAUGAAAAAAAUUAAGAAUCGAGAUGACGAAAUUAAGACAAAAAAAGUUCCUUUAUAUACACCUUUAGAUGUUCCUAAAUGCACCAGAGAGAAAAUUACUAGCAAGUACACACCAGAAAAUGUAUUUAUUAUCAACAACCUUGCUGAUGCCAAUAAAGCGCUUAAAUAUGUCAAGAAUAACUUGCUUUGUUUCGAUACAUGUGGAUCGAACUGUAAUGAAUAUUUUGGACGAUUUAAAAAUAAAGCCAUAAAUAAAAGUGGUAUCGCAUACAAUGAAGGUAUUCUAAUAGAUCAUCAGUUCAAAACCAAAGAUUCUGCAAUAUACGCCGCAGGUCCUGCAACUAGAUAUAAUAGUAGCUGCCACGCUGAAGAUAAACAACAGAUGUACUACGACUCAUAUGAAGUUGGAACAAAGUUGGGAGAUCAAAUAAAACAACAAUUAGACCCAUUAUUUGUUAGUAAGAUAGAAAAAAUCAAAAAUAAUGAAACAAUUAAUAAUGAUUCAAGCAUAAGCUCUGCUUCUUCAAUUUCAAAAAAAUUUGGAAAUAUCCAUCAAUCUUCUACGGAAUCGACGAGCGACUUUAAAGACAAUUAUAAGAAAAUGCCUGAUUUCAAACGGCCUAAAAUUAUGCAUUGUGUUUUACCUGGCGGAUUACAAUAUUUGGAAGUACGACCACCUGGGAAGAAGAAUCCUUGUCACUACGUUCAAUCUUUACACUACAAUGCCAAGAAGUUGGACAAUCUUUAUGCAUUUUUCCGUUUGCCCUGGGCGUAUUUUUUGUAUCACGACCAAUGUGACGAAUUGUUUGCUAUGGUAAAAGAGCUUUUACCUAAGGGGCAAAGGCAUGGAGAUACGUUGAAAGAAGCGCUGUAUUCUAUUGGUGAAAGAGUCAGCGUUGCGCACUCUUCUAUACAAAAUACGAAAGCAGAAGUACGUUCCGCGUUCGAAACUUCUCCAUACGUCGAAGCAAUCGCUGACUACGUCAUAGAGUGGUUGUCGGAGAACGAGAAUUUGCUGCCAGUGUAUUUGCAGCCAUGGCAUCGGACUGCGUUUGCUUUUGAUUUGAAUGCCAAUCCCGCAUUUAAGAAGCGGAAGCGGAAUAUUAUGAAAAUGAUGAAAUCGAUUUAUUAA